AUGCUUAAACUAUACCUCCUUUCCAUUUUGAGCCUACUGCUCCACGCAGCGGGUGUCCGCAGCGCUGCAGUGCAACAUGUCUCAAGACAGCAAUGCCAGGCCACAGGAACCCACUGUCCACCUGGAACAAUCAUCGUCAGUGCCUCUGACAAACGCGCUCACUAUCCCACCAUCCAAGGAGCCAUCGACUCCCUACCAGAUGAUACAAGCUCCCACACGAUCCUGAUUCUAUCAGGAAACUAUACAGAGCAGCUCAACGUCACCCGUUCAGGACCAGUGACACUUCUCGGCCAGACAUCCGCCUCCAAGGAUACCACUCGCAACCAAGUGCGCAUUAUAUGGGCUGCCGCCAACAAAGACAACACAGGCCAGAGCGUCGAUAAUGUCUUCUCCAGUGUCCUGGUCGUGGCACCUACCCUCGAGUCCAGUCUCACUGGCUCCGGGGCCACAGGCUACGCCGUGCCAUCCGAUACACCAUUCGGCAACACCGACUUCCGCGCUUAUAACAUCGACUUCGACAAUACUUGGACUGAGUAUUCGGAUGGACCAGCUCAUGCACUGAGCUUCUCGCGUGCGAACGGCGGCUUCUACUACUGCGGCUUCUAUUCGUAUCAGGAUACUGUCUACGUAGGCAAGCUAGGUAACGCAUACUUCUACAAAAGCAUCAUCGCCGGCCAAACAGACUUCCUAUACGGGUUCGGCACAGCCUGGAUCCAGUCCAGCGAGCUACAGUUACGCGGUUGCGGCGGAGGUAUCACUGCCUGGAAGGGAUCCAACACAACCUUCACGAACAAGUAUGGCGUGUACAUCGUGGACUCGAACCUGCGCGCAGCCAACGCUUCCAUUGCGCCUGAUAUCGUGGGGAAGUGUGCGCUUGGACGGCCGUGGAAUAGCCAGCACCGAUCUAUCUUUGCGAAUUCUUAUGAAGACGCUACUAUCGAUCCUAGUGGGUAUAUUGAUUGGGUUGUUUCUGGUGUCGCGAGGUUCGAGGAGGGUGUUACUCUCAUGGCGGAAUAUCAGGCUUAUGGGCCUGGGUUCAAUGUUUCGGGUCGUGUUGCUGGUAAUGUUACUACCGUUCUUGAUCGGAAGGGGUAUGAGCCGUAUAGCUCGCCGCAGAAGGUGUUUCAGAAUCAGGAGGGUGUUUUUGGAAAUACGAAGUGGAUUGAUUGGGAUACUAUCAAGGGUGGGGAGUGA